AGUAUAGUUGUUUUCGAGCAGUGCGAGUAUCGAGUAAAGUUGUUAUUUUGUUUUUUUAAGUUGAAGCCAAAAACUUGGAAUAAAGGUGGCGUUGAGCUGAGAAAUUCGGAAUACAGCUGUACCCAUGCCUUCGGUAAUCACUGUCAGAAAAAAUAUUACGGUGAGAUUCAGCUGAUGAUUCCUCGAAACCCGACAACCAAUCAGCGAACUGGACGAAAUUCAAACAUUUUUAACGUCUAUUUAAUGCGCAGAUUUGACGCGCAUCUUAACCGACGCAAGCUGAUGAGAGUGGCCUACAAAGUGGGGUUAAUUACUAUGAAGUGUACAAUACCAGAAAUAUCAUGGCACAAUCGUGAUCCAGUAUUGAGUGUUGAUUUACAACAAUGUAAAUUUAACAAGGAUGAUAAAACUGAUAAAAUUUAUUGGCGUUUAGCAACUGGUGGUGCCGACUCUCAUGUUUUGAUUUGGCAUGUAACAAUAAAUGAAUUAGGCGUAGCGUUGGUGAACUGUGUUGCUGACUUGAAUCGUCACCAAAAAUCCGUGAAUGUUGUCAGAUUUUCACCCUCUGGAGAAAUUUUAGCUACUGGAGAUGAUGAGUCAAUAAUUUGUUUAUGGAAGCAAAAGGAAGGAACAGAACCACCUCCAUUACCUGGUGAAGAAAAUUUAAAUGAAGAACAAUGGACGUCAUGGAAAAUAUUGAGAGGGCACUUGGAAGAUGUAUAUGACCUCAGCUGGUCACCAGACAAUAAUAUGCUUGUAUCUGGAUCGGUAGACAAUACUGCUAUCAUUUGGGAUGUGCAAAAAGGUCGUACUAUCAGUAUUUUACAAGAUUACAAGGGAUUUGUUCAAGGAGUAACUUGGGAUCCAUGUAAUCAAUACAUUGCAACUUUGAGUACUGAUAGGCAGUGUCGUCUUAUUGAUGUAAAUAGUAUGAAAACAAUCCAACGUGUUAGUAAAUCGAAAAUACCAACCCCACCAGGUCAUCCGCUGGAAAAUAAAACAAUACGAUUGUUUUACGAUGAUACAUUUAAAUCAUUUUUCCGUAGAUUAGCAUUUACUAUUGAUGGUUCAUUAAUAAUUGCACCCUCAGGUAUUAUUGAAUCACCAGAAUCUACAGAUCGUUUGUCAAAUUCGACUGUUAUUUUUUCACGUAAUAAUAUUAAAGAACCAAUAAUGAUAUUGCCGUCAUUGGAUGAACCAACGAUUGCAGUAAGAUGUUGUCCAUUAUAUUUUGAAUUAAGAGAUCAAGGUCCAGUCGCUCUUAUAGCGCUGCCAUAUCGUUUGGUAUUUGCAGUAGCAACCCAAAAAUCUGUUUUUAUUUACGACACACAGCAGAUAUCACCAAUAGCUAUUAUUUCUAAUAUUCACUACACCCGUCUCACUGAUGUUACUUGGUCGUCAGAUGGUCGUAUAUUGGUGGUGUCAUCAACAGAUGGUUACUGUUCAAUUAUACACUUCCAAGAAGGUGAAUUAGGUAAAGUUUACACUGCCAAUGAACCAAUAUCAAUUAAUUCAGUGAAUGGUUCUAAAUUAAAUGAAAGAUCAGAAGCUAAAGAAACUAACAAACAAAAUGUAAGCCAGAAAAAAGCAUGUUUUCUGCCUGAUGUUAAUAAUGAAGCGAUGGAUGUUGAUGCUGUUAAAUCCAUACCAGAUAAUAUGGAGGAUACUGAAGAUAUAAAAUUGGUUUACAAUGAAGUUAGUAAUGUUGAACCACCAAUUAAAACUACGGAAAAUAUAAAAAGUGAUAAUAAAACUGCCAAAACUACUCCGCCUAAAACUGAUAAACUACAAUUUCUUUCUGCCAAGACACCUAGACGUGUUCAGUUAAUAACUAUUUCCAGUCCUAAACGUACCAAGGAUAAAUAA